AUGCAAAAAGAAGUUGAUGACAUUGAUGACGACAACAGAAGAGUGUUUUCUGCGGAUGCACAGAUUGCAAUCACGGUCGAUGAGUGGUCGUCAAAAAAUGCAUCAUGUUCAUUGCUUGCGAUUACUGGUCAUGCCCUGGGAGGGGACUUUUCGGAAAGAAUCAACGUGGUGUUGGACUGUGCUCCGCUUAAGGAGGAUAGCCACACGAGCGAGUUGGUAGAAUCGAAAAUAUUGGAGAGCUUGUCCAGACUCGGAACUGCCAAAGAGCGAGUGUCAUUCAUGAUUGCUGAUGGAGCAUCGGUUAUGGUGAAAACAGCAUCCGACCUAGGCAUACAAUACAUCCACUGGUGCUCACGUCAUUAA